GCAGGGCAAGGCGGUAAGUUGCAGAGGUUUUAUGAGAAGGAUGAGGGAAUGAACAUGAGGCGGAGGUUGGGAGUCAAGUGUGAGCGAAGAUGCAGAGGGUUAGGAGAAGGGAUCGAUGGAAUUUGUGGAAGGGAGGGGGCAAUGGAGACGGAGAGGAAGGGAGGAGGACUGAAGAGCAGCAGUGUUGGGCAGGCUAUUCAAGAUUAUAAUCUAACGGCUAGUAGAUGCUAGCGGUCCUUAUUCCUUGGUAAUCCGCUAGCAUGCCCAGCCUUUUCCCUUUUCUUAUAUAUUAAAAAUCAUGAUUGAGUCUGCCGGUUGCUGCGGGUGGUUAUAGGCUUUUCAACUACUUUUAUUUAUUUUACCUCAAUACAGUUGUCGUGAUUUCUUGAUGAGUUUAAAUUUUUGGAAAUUGAAUGUUUUGUCGUAACUCGCCCUUUUUAUAUUUUAAAUUGAGACAUGAUAUUUUUGUUGGAUUUAAUACAUAUAAUUGCAAGUAUGUUUAUAAAUUUUCGUUGCCUUUUGCCUUAGUACUUUGAAUGUAUUGUGCUUUUAUUCCAAAUUACAUUUUUCCUUUUCACCCAAAGUAAUCGGUGACCCCCGCCCCCUGUAAAAAAAAAAGAAUGUUUUCAUUUUGCAAAUAGUCCUUCCAAAUCUUUGAAUGAUAUCUUUCUGGUGUUACUUUCUUAGUAAUAAGCUUCCCUGUUUUAAUUCAAUAAGAAAUUUCCUAGAAGACUUGCCUGAUGAUUUUUAGAUCAAAGUAAAAAAUAAAAUAAAAUAAAAUAAAAUAAAAAUAAAAAUAAAUAAAAGGGAAAGUGUAGGCUACUUGGCAUUAUUUAUCACCACGUGGCAGGUUUGUUGGUGCCCAUAUCUCAUUGGGAGGCAAAGCCCACCCACCCCUGGCUCAUUUAUAAUUUUGGGCUUAAACGAACUCUUCUGCAUGUCAAAUUCAAAUGGACAAAAUUAUGGACCAUUGAAAAAUUAUGCAAAAUUUUAAUACGUGGUGGAACAUCCAAUUGAGUUAUGAAAUUUGAGACCUAACCAAUCCAGUCUCUUUUUCCCUUCAGUGGUUCAGAUUGCCCCAUUUGACAUUCCACGUGGUGGAAAAUGAGGGGUUGAGAGGCAACUCAACCAAGCUGCUUUCUUUUUGCCAAGAAGAUAUUUGGUUGAUGUCCCAAGAAGAAAAGAAGGAUGGAAAUUUUGUUGUUUUUCUUAUAGUAUCAUAAUGCCAUGGGGCUUCCUUAUUGGCUUUCCUUAAGAGACUUCUACUCAAAGCAUGCAAGACCCUCUUACUUUCCCCUUUAAAUUUGAAAGUAUGGAUGUAUAUUUAUUCUUUGGAUUGUUGUUCAGAAUAAUUCAUUUGGAAUUUCAAAGCUGCAAGAUGGACAUCAUAUCUCAGCUACAGGAACAAGUCAAUAUAAUUGCCUCUCUUGCCUUUAAUACCUUUGGGACACUGCAAAGAGAUGCCCCUCCAGUCCGUCUUUCACCAAAUUAUCCAGAACCGCCUUCCAAUCCCUCAGAGGACACUUUGAAUAUUGCAGAACAACCCAAGCUCAUGAGUGCUGCCCUAGUUAAGGCUGCUAAGCAGUUUGAUACGUUGGUUAAUGUGCUUCCAGUAUCUGAGGGAGAUGAAGAAGCACAACUGAAACGAAUUGCAGAACUUGAGGCUGAAAAUGAAGCAGUGGGACAGGAACUCCAGAGGCAACUGGAGGCAGCAGAGCAAGAGUUGAAGCAGGUUCGGGAGUUGUUUGAUCAAGCUGUUGACAACUGCGUGAACUUGAAGAAACCUGAUUGAUGUAAGCUCAGGAGUUAUUUAACGGAACUGUAGGAACCGCUUGAACUUGAAUAUAUAUAACCAGUGACUAGCGAGGGGACAAGAGAAAAUAUGAGUUAUGCCUUUCUUUUUUCAAAAUUUAACUUUUUUUCCUUUGUCCAAAAUGUAUGCCGUGGUUCAUAUUGUAAAAUUAAUGCAUGGUAUAAUCCUCUCUUUCUCAUCCA